UUCUUCGUUUCUUCUCCCAUCUUCAACUCAUCUGCUUCCAUGCCUGUUAUGCUUUAGCUUCAGCAUCCAUAUCACGUCCACUCUGUUUCUCCUCCUGUCCUCACUUACACUGACGAUACCUCCUUUACCUCCACAGCCAUGACGAAAAGGUCCCCUCAUGCGAUGACUGUAGUCAUCAAGCUUGGCACAAGCUCUAUUGUGGACGAAAAGACACAUGAGCCCCUACUGCCCAUCUUGACCUUGAUUGUCGACACGGCAGUCAAGCUCCGCAAGAGCGGACACCGAGUCGUACUGGUGUCCUCGGGUGCCAUUGGCGUCGGCUUGCGUCGUAUGGACGUCGACCACAGGCCGAAGCAUCUCUCCCAACUUCAGGCCCUAGCCGCCAUUGGACAAUGUCGUCUAAUGAGCCUGUGGGAUGGUCUCUUCCAACAUCUAGAGCAGCCAAUUGCUCAGAUUCUUCUGACUAAGAAUGAUAUCGCCGACCGUACGAGGUAUCUCAAUGCUCAGAACACCUUCAACUCGCUUCUCGACAUGGGCGUCAUUCCCAUUGUCAACGAGAACGACACUCUGGCUGUGUCUGAAAUCAAGUUCGGUGACAACGACACCCUGUCGGCCAUCACCGCGGCGAUGAUUCACGCCGACCACCUCUUCCUCAUGACUGAUGUCGACUGUCUCUAUGACAAGAAUCCUCGCUCGAACCCUGACGCCAAGCCCAUUGAGGUUGUCGAGGACAUUAGCGAGAUCGUCGCCGAUGUGUCCAGUGCUGGCUCGUCAGUAGGCACUGGUGGUAUGGGCACCAAGCUCAUCGCCGCCAGGCUCGGAACGUCGGCCGGUGUUACUGUCAUCAUUACCAGAUCCUCCAACCCCGGCAACAUUCUCAACAUUGUCAACUACCUUACCCUCCAGUCGCGAGCCGGCACGCCAGACGAUGAGGUGGAAGAGCUCUCUCUCAUCGCUAGCUCUACGUCCCUGAACCUGAUGGCACCUUCCGGCCCAUCUGACGGGCCGCCCCUCCACACACGCUUCCUUCCCUCUUCAGAGCCCAUCCGCGAUCGUCACUUCUGGCUGCUGCACACGCUCAACCCCCAUGGCACCAUCUACAUUGACCAGGGCGCCCACCGCGCCUUGGUCAAUAAGGCUGGUCUCCUCCCCGUUGGUGUCGUCGAUGUUGAGGGCAACUUUGCAUCCCAUGAGCCAGUCCGCAUUGUGGUGGUCAACAGAUUGCCUACACCCGGACCUGACGGCAAGAUGCGCGGCGAGCUUGAGGAAGAGGUUGGCCGUGCCAUUGUCAACUAUGCCUCCGCUGAGAUCACCCGUAUCAUGGGUCACCAGAGUCAUGACAUCGAGGAGGUUCUCGGCUAUGCCGACAGCGAGUACGUUGCAAACAGGCAACACGUCGUCUUCUUCCGCAAGGAUAGCAGGCCACCAACGCCUGUGCAGACACCUGCGCAGACACCUGCCAUUACCCCUGGGCAGACACCCCUCCAGACCCCUGGAGCUUGAUUGAUUUCAUCAGCGCAGCGAUGCAUUUGCAUAAAGUGAGAUGGGACUCCAAAAAGUUGCCCUCUUCCCCGGUGUUUGGAGUAUGGAUUUGCUGGUUUAUUUUUUCAUACUGAUUUUUGGACACGGCUACGCAAGUGUGUCAUGCUUCCACAAAAGUUACACACAAUGAUCAAGUACAGUACUUUUUCACAUGAAGGAUUUCUCAAGGCUUCAACCCAAUUGAAUCUAAGAAUGAUUUACUCUCAAGCAACU